CGAAAUUUGUACCUGCCGGGUAAAGACGUGUUUACGUGCGUCGUGUGAAAUUGUUAUACGUUUGAAAUGCCAAAAAGACAGAGUGGUGGUAGUGGUGAUAGUGGCCCUAGAAGGAAGAGGGGGAGGAAGUAUGAUAGAAUCUCGACAGCAGCUCUUGCUCUUCUGAUGAUGACCAAAGUCAUUUCAUCCACUACACCAGAGGCUUACAUUGGUUGCCGGGAAAUUAUCCGGAAAUCAAUGAUUAAGAGGGGCGUUCCAGAAGAGGUUAUUCCUAUUGUAACAGCAUCUAUUAGUAAGGGCACCCUAAAUCAGUAUGACAUAUGUUAUCGGAAAUGGUGGGAGUUUUGUGUUAAUCUGAAUUCUGAUCCACUAACGCCUAAUCUAAAAAAUAAUUUGUUUUUCUUCAAAGAACAGAUGAAUAACGAAUUAUCUUACUCUAGUCUAAACAUAUAUAGAUCAGCACUAAAUCUUAUCAUUGAACAGUCACUACAUGACGACCGAAUAAUAGAAAGAUUUCUGAAGGGUGUAUAUAACCUUAGACCACCAAUGCCAAAAUACCAAUCCACUUGGGACCCUGAACCAGUACUGUCAUAUCUAAAAACCCUCUACCCUCUUGAUUCAUUGACCAUAGAACUCUUGACAAAAAAACUUGUAAUGUUGCUGGAGUUAGCUUCUGGUGAGAGAGAACAUACCUUAUCCAAAAUUUCGCUAAAUAAAAUUUCAAAAGUAAAAGAUAGGAUCGAAAUAAAAAUUAGUGAAGAGCUCUGGAAGAAACAAACUUCAACCUGUUUUGAUACUUCCUUACCUUAAAGAAUGCCCUGAGCUAUGUGUAGGUUCAGUGUUAGAAUACUAUAUAGAGAAAACCAAAGAUUACAGAGAAUCUAAUACUUACCUUAUAUUAACGCAUAGGAAGCCCAUUCAUCAAGCUACAUCAUAGACAAUAAGCAGAUGGCUUAAAGAUGUAUUGAAAGCUAGUGGCAUAAAUACAAAAAUUGUUAGUGGACAUAGCACUCGUCAUGCCGCGACAUCUGCGGCAUCUCGAUCAGGAGUUAAAAUAGACACUAUUAAAAACUGCGCUGGUUGGACCGCAAAAUCUGAUGCGUUCAAUAGAUUUUAUAAUCUAUAUAAUGUUUGUGUGUGAUUGACGUUUAUGUACAAAAGACAGAUAUGAUUGAAGUUAUUAUUUGUAUCAAAAUUUGUGGAAAUUAAAUCACCUUAAUACGUAAACUGAAAAUAUAUUUUAUUUUAGAUAUUCAAAUCGCACAUCUUUCUUUAAACAGCUACGUGUGUAAUUACCAAUGAAGAAAAAGCGAAGUAAUAUUGAUAAGUUGAUUGACUUACCUGUAAGGAAGAUCAACUUUAAUUUUGCGAGCUUUUUCUUCCGAAGGUAAUUACGUCCCACCCUCCCACAACCAGUGCGAUUUGAAACCUUAUAGACAAAUUACGAAGUGACUACUGGUGGGACCAAGGAAUGUGGUUAUCUGCUUAUCUUUAAUUUUUUUGCUUCUAACUGUACCGGCAGGUAUGGAUCUGCGAUACCACGUGUGUAAUUACUUUCGGAAGAAAAAGCUCGCAAAAUUAAAGUUGAUCUUCCUUACAGGUAAGUCAAUCAACUUAUCAAUUCAAAUCACUACCAAUAAUGGGGCCUUCAGCUACUGAGCAUACCUCCGUGGCAUCAUCAAGAACAAGGAGAUCAAUGCACUGAGCCUCAAAGA